AUGCGCACUACUCUUGCUCUUGCUACGUUCUCGGCCUUGACUCUGCCUGCUCUCGCUGGCCAUGAUGGAAGCGCGUUCAGCCGCCGUCAUGCUGGCCAACAUGCGAAGCGCGGUGACAGCCAGCUCGCUAAGCGCCAGACCUUCAGCAACGCACGCUUCUCCUUCUAUGAUGUGACUGCUGGAGAGGUUGCGUGCGGCGGAUUUUACCAGAACGGCUAUGCCAUCGUUGCGCUCAACGCGCAACAGUUCGACGGUGGCUCGCACUGUGGGGAGACGAUCACCAUCACGUACCAGGGUACAACCAAGUCAGCCAAGAUUGUCGACGAGUGCAUGGGCUGUGGUUCUUACCUUCCUCCUCCUAACGACGGCGGGCUGGAUCUUGCGCAGGACUUCUUUACAGACUUCGCUAGUGCCGACGCUGGCAUCAUUUACGGCUCCUGGGUCGGUCUUGGGGGAAGUGAUCCCGCUCCGGAGCCGACCACGACGAAGGAGAAGCCCAAGCCGACGACCACCAGCACUACGCCCGCAUGGACACCUCCGCCGACGACCUCUACUCACAAGACCACCAGUACGUCUGUGUGGACGCCGCCGCCGACCACGACGCACACAACCAGCACGACCCCGACUACGACCGCGGAGCCGUCAACGUCCGCGAAGCCCACGACUAGCAGCGCUGCCCCGACCACUAGCAGUGCCCCAUCGUUGCCUACGGCUGGUCUUGCAGCGGAUGUGAGCCUCAACCUUGUUGACAGCCCGAGCGUGCAAGACCUCAGCGGGACGCAAAACAUUGUCGACUUGUACGGGGCCAUCGUCAACCUCGGCGCCAUGGUCAUGCACUAA